AAAUGCAAAACAAACAAGUUUUGAUUCAGACAAAGAUGAUGCAAGGAAGAAGAGAAGCAAAAAAGAGUUAUGUUUUGUUCUCUUCAACCUUCUUCUUCUUCUAUAUCUGUUUCCUAUCUCCUUCUUCUGCAGAACUCACAGACAAAGGUGUUAACUUUGAAGUUCUUGCCUUAAUAGGUAUCAAAAGCUCUCUGGUUGAUCCUCAUGGAGUUCUAAAGAAUUGGGAUGACACAGCAGUUGAUCCAUGUAGCUGGAACAUGAUCACUUGUUCUCCUGAUGGUUUUGUCUUAAGCCUAGGAGCUCCAAGCCAGAGCUUGUCAGGAACUCUUUCAUCAAGUAUUGGAAAUUUAACAAAUCUUCAGACUGUGCUAUUGCAGAACAAUUACAUAACAGGACAUAUCCCUCAUGAAAUUGGGAAAUUGAUGAAACUCAAAACAAUUGAUCUCUCUACCAAUAACUUCACUGGUCAAAUCCCAUUCACUCUUUCUCAUUCCACAAAUCUUCAAUACUUGAGGGUUAAUAAUAACAGCCUGACAGGAACAAUUCCUAGCUCAUUGGCAAACAUGACCCAACUCACUUUUUUGGAUUUGUCGUAUAAUAACUUGAGUGGACCAGUUCCAAGAUCACUUGCCAAAACAUUUAAUGUUAUGGGCAAUCCUCAGAUUUGUCCAACAGGCACAGAGAAAGACUGUAAUGGGACUCAGCCUAAGCCAAUAUCAAUCACUUUGAACAGUUCUCAAAAUAAAUCAUCUGAUGGAGGAACCAAAAACCGGAAAAUUGCGGUAGUCUUCGGUGUAAGCCUUACUUGUGUUUGCUUGUUGAUCAUUGGCUUUGGUUUUCUUCUUUGGUGGAGAAGAAGACACAACAAACAAGUAUUAUUCUUUGACAUUAAUGAGCAAAACAAGGAAGAAAUAUGUCUAGGGAAUCUAAGGAGGUUUAGUUUCAAAGAACUUCAAUCCGCAACGAGUAACUUCAGCAGCAAGAAUCUGGUAGGAAAAGGAGGGUUUGGAAAUGUGUAUAAAGGUUGUCUUCAUGAUGGAAGUAUCAUCGCGGUAAAGAGAUUAAAGGAUAUAAACAAUGGCGGUGGAGAGAUUCAGUUUCAAACGGAGCUUGAAAUGAUAAGCCUUGCCGUCCACCGCAAUCUCCUCCGCCUCUACGGCUUCUGCACUACUUCCUCUGAACGGCUUCUUGUUUAUCCUUACAUGUCCAAUGGCAGUGUCGCUUCUCGUCUCAAAGCUAAACCUGUAUUGGAUUGGGGCACAAGAAAGCGAAUAGCAUUAGGAGCAGGAAGAGGAGCUCUUGAAUUUGGAAAAGCAGCAAACCAAAGAGGAGCGAUUCUUGAUUGGGUGAAGAAACUACAACAAGAGAAGAAGCUAGAACAGAUAGUAGACAAGGAUUUGAAGAGCAACUACGACCGAAUAGAAGUGGAAGAAAUGGUUCAAGUGGCUUUGCUUUGUACACAGUAUCUUCCGAUUCACCGUCCUAAGAUGUCAGAAGUUGUGAGAAUGCUUGAAGGCGAUGGUCUCGUUGAGAAAUGGGAAGCUUCUUCUCAGAGAGCAGAAACCAAUAGAAGUUACAGUAAACCUAAUGAGUUUUCUUCCUCUGAACGUUAUUCGGAUCUUACAGAUGAUUCCUCGGUGCUGGUUCAAGCUAUGGAGUUAUCAGGUCCAAGAUGACAAGAGAAAAUAUUUAUAUCGAUUUCGGUUUGUAAAAAACAUAUAUAAAUUAAACUUGUGUAUUUUGUUGUAUGCUACAAUCUUGUACAGAUUUUGGUGUGAGAAAGACAUAUUUUCUAAUUGCCGGACAAUUGAUCCAUUAGAUCCACUUUUAUUCGAUCCUUAAAUAAUUAAGAAAGAGAGAUUCCUCUGUUUCUUCAAGAAAGAUGAGACUUGAGA